CCUCUCUCGAUUUUCUGUCUCUCUUCUCUUAUACUAGGGCGAGGCUCCGCCUCUCCAGCAUCCAGGAUAUUCCGAUUCCAUGGCGACGACGAACCCUUUCAGCAAGGAUGUGGAUCGGGUCAAGGGUCCCUGGAGCCCCGAGGAGGACCAGCUCUUGCAGAACCUUGUGCAGAAGUACGGGCCCAGGAACUGGUCGCUCAUUAGCAAAUCGAUUCCCGGCCGGUCUGGGAAGUCCUGCCGGCUGCGCUGGUGCAACCAGCUCUCUCCCCAGGUGGAGCAUCGCCCCUUCACUGCGGAGGAGGACGAGACCAUCCUCCGCGCCCACGCCACUGUCGGCAACAAGUGGGCCUCCAUCGCCCGCCUCCUCUCGGGCCGCACCGACAACGCCAUCAAGAACCACUGGAACUCCACGCUCAAGCGUAAAUGCGCCUUCAUCUCCGACGACUCCGGAUUCGCCGACGGGACCGAGUCGCAGCAGCCUCUCAAGAGAUCGGCCAGUGUCGGCCCGGGGAUCAACGUCUCGGGUCUGUAUCUCAACCCGGGAAGCCCGUCCGGAUCCGACAUGAGUGACUCGACUCUCUCUGGCGCCCCUUCCCCCCACGUCUUCCGCCCCGUGGCAAGGACAGGCGGCGUAGCGCUCCCGGUUAGCCUGAUCGAAACGGCGUCAUUCGCUCCCGAUCCGGCCACGUCUCUUACCCUCUCCACACCCGGAUCCGAUCCGGCCCAGGCUUCGAAUCGGGUGGCCGGAUCGAACCUACCCCAGGCGGCGGCGGCGGCGGAUCAGGAGUUGAGGAAGUUGGAUUUGGGCUUGGCGACGGAGAAACCGUUUUUCAGCCAAGAAUUCUUGGCAGUAAUGCAGGAGAUGAUCAGAAAAGAAGUGAGGAAUUACUUUUCAGGGAUAGAACGGAAUGGGCUGUUGUACUCGCAAGCUGAAGCGAUUACCAACUCUGUGGUCAAGCGAAUUGGCAUAAGCAAGGUCGACUAGUAAAUUUACUACUGCCUCAGUCCAACUUACUUUCACUCGUAGUUAGUUCAUCGAGGCUGUCCCAUCUUUAUCAUCCACAUCCCAACGCCUGCCUUUUAUAUAUAUAUAUAUAUAUAACAGAAAUAAUAUUGGGUUGUACAUAUGUAUUGAGGGAGAAGGGAGAGGAGGGUGGUGAGGGAGGAGGGGAGCGGGAGAGAGCAGCAGAGGUCAAGUUAUUGAGAAAACGAGUUGAAUAGAAUGAAUUGAAGGUUGGUGGUGUCCAAAUUCGAAUAGAAAACGCGCAUGCAAAGUUGGAAACAACAAGUGGUCGGUCGGGUCUGUGUUUUGGACUCUGUAAAUUCAGGAAUCAGAAUGAGGACUGAGAGAUGACUCUGAAACCCCACCCCCUGACGGCCUGACCCUGCAUGCAUGCCCCCCUCUUUCUCUUUCUGUGUUUCAAUUUUGUUGUGUUUUCAGUUGAAAAUUUUCUUUUCUUUCCUUUUUAUUUUGCCAUUAAUUAACUUCUUUUUUUUUUUCAAAAUUUUGUUUUAAUAUCAUUUUUUUUAAAUCUGUAAAAGUAACAGGAUUAAUUCAA